AUGACUGAUUGGGGUCCUGGUGAGAAUCAUAUAGUCUUACAGAAUAAACACAAACAAUUUUAUAGACCGGAAGUAUUUGGGGAAGCUGAGACUUAUAAUAAAAGCGUACCACUAUUUAUAAAUGAUAUAAGAAAUUCAAUUGAUUUAUUUAAAACAUAUAAACAUGUUUCAUUUCAAAUGAGUGAUACUUUGAUGAUCAAUAAUUGGCCUAUCAACCAGGCAGAAAUAUUUGGUAGAAUUAUUGGAGAAAAAUAUCAACCAGAAAAGGACUUUGCAACUUUAACUAUUGAUGAUUAUUCAGGUUCUAGACUGAUUUUUGUGAUUAGAAUGACAUAUGAUAAUAUACUUGAAAGUAAUAUUAAAAUAUUUGAAGAGAAUUAUGGUAAACUAAUCCGAAUGGUUGGACAUUUUCAUAAUAAUCAAUUUAAAGUUGAUAAUUUGAAUAUUAUUAACAACAAUGAUAUGGAAAUUGAAUUUGGAUUUUGGUCAGAAAGAGUUGAAUUUAGGGAAACAAUACUAAGAAAUGCUUGGAAAUUUGAACCAAUUGCUAAAUCUCAAAAGGUUCAAGAAGAAAUUGUUUUCAAAUUUAGUCAAAGAGAAUUACAAAGGAGAGAAGAAAGAGAAAAAUUGAAUUUAACACUGGAUGAUAUGGUUAUGACAAGUAAUAUUGAAGAUUCAUUAGUUGUUCAUGAGAAUAAAGCCAAUGAAAUAAUAGUUGAUUUGACUGAUUCACCAGAACUAAAAGCAGAACCUGAAGUUAUAGUAAUCAGUGAUGAUGAAGAUGAAGAAUAUCAAUUUAAAUUGAAAAUGACAAAUAUAAUAAAAAAAUGUUUGGUAGUGAUCAUAGAAAACUCAUUUGAAGUAACUACAUUAAAAGAAUUAACUGAAAAUGAGUCUGUAUCCAAAUUAAUCCAACCUUUAAGUCAAAAGUCGUUAAUAAUGAAAAGAAUUGGAGUAUACUUUUCAAAAUCAGAUCUUUUCCUGGUGGAAGGUAAUAUUAUUAACUCCUUUAAAUUUGAUCAAAUUUAUCAUAACAUCAAAAAAUAUUUAAAUGAAAAAACUAAUUUUAACGUUGUUAAAUAUGUUAAUCAUAUUAAGUUAAACUUCAACGUAAAUGUUGAAUACAAAUUGAUUAAUUAUUUAAUAAAUUAUAUCUUGAUAAAUACAAAUAAAAAUUGGAUUUAUUUGAAUGAUGAAAAGAAAUUUAUUAAACAAACUAAUUUAGAUUAA